AUGCCUCCAAGAAAGAAGUGGCCGUUAAAGCUUUAUUUAUCGGCCGCAGAAGAAUCAAUUGGUAGUAUGCUCGCACAAGACAAUGAACAUGGAAAGGAGCAGGCUGUCUACUACCUGAGUAAAGUACUAACUGAUGUAGAAUGCAGAUAUUCCUCAAUUGAGAAGCUUUGUUUAUCCUUGUACUAUUCGGCCAUGAAGUUGAGAGUAUACAUGCGGCCUGUUGAUGUUUACAUUCUUUGUCAAACUAACGUGAUCAAGUAUAUGCUAUCAAGGCCAUUGAUCACUGGCCGAAUAGGUAAGUGGGCUUUGGCUUUGAUGGAAUUCAAUUUUAUCUACGUCUCACAAAAAUCAGUAAAAGGAAGGGUUCUGGCUGAUUUUUUGGCCGAUCAUCCUUCAACUGAUAUUGAUCCAUGGGUUUAUGAUGAAUUGGAGUCAUCAGCUAUAUUCUUGACUCCUUGGAUCUUGAUGUUUGAUGGAUCAAGCACGGCUGAUGGAGCAGGAGCAGGUCGAAUAUGA